AUGGGAUCCCUGGUCUCGAUGAUCGGUCGCAUUUAUCAGGCGUUCAGUCCGCCCCAGCAACCGCCCAAGCGGGGUGAUGCCCUCAAAUUUGGCAUUCUUGGAGCAGCGAGCAUUGCACCACUGGCCCUGAUCACGCCCGCCAAAUCGCACCCCGAAGUCAUUAUCCAGGCGGUGUCGGCUCGCAAUCGAAAGAAGGCGCAGGAUUUCGCCAAAGCCCAUUCCAUCCCGGACCGACUAACAACCCAAGACAUUCUCAACGACCCCAACAUCGACUGUGUGUUCAUCCCGCUCCCGAACGCCCUCCAUUAUGAAUGGGCCGUCCGCGCCAUUCGCGCCGGCAAACAUGUGCUGGUCGAGAAGCCGUCCGUGUCCAACUCGACCGAGGCAGAAGCCCUCUUCACCCUGCCGGAAUUGUCGCAGCCGAACGGCCCCGUCCUGCUCGAGGCCUUCCACAGCCGCUUCUUCCCGGCCUGGUCCUACUUCCGCUCCCUGGUCGACCCCAGCCUGGUGGAGCACGUCAACGCCGUCUCCAUGAUCCCCUGGUGGGGUACCAGCAAGGACGACAUCCACUUCAGCUACCCGCUGUCCGGCGGCAGCAUGAUGGCGAUGGGCACCUACAACAUGGCCGCACUGCGGAUGGCGCUGGCCGCCGAGCCGGAGGAGUGUCUCAGCUGCCAGGUGCACGCCUACACGGACGGCAUCCACAACAAGUGCGACUAUGACUUCCACGCCACGUUCCGGUUCCCCAACGGCAUCAUCGGCGAGGCGUCCAGCACGCUGAAGGGGCCCACGUACUGGACCCCGUCCCACGUCACCGUGACCCAGAAGGAGGUCGUCGUCCCCGACGCGACCCUCCCGCUGUCGCAGACGAAGCUGCAGAAGCGCCAGCUGACCCUCCACGGCUUCGUGCACGGCAUCUUCUGGCACCGCAUCGACAUCAAGGACGUCUACCAGAUCCGGGACCGCGAGUCCAACAAGGUCCUCCGCCGGUGGGAGACGACCUCCUACCGCAAGGCGUACACCUUCCAGGAGGCCGGCGGGGAGUUUGCCCAUCUCCCGGGGGAGCCGUUCUGGAUGUCGUAUCGGCACCAGCUGGAGCAGUUCGUUAAUCGGGUCAAGGGCCGCGAGACCCAACAUUGGAUCAGUGGCGCCGACUCCAUCGCCCAGAUGAAGAUGCUGGAUAUGGCCUAUGAAAAGAGUGGCCUCGGGCCUCGAUCUACUAGUUCGUUCCAGGUCAAAUAA